GGCCAGCCCACGUGGCCCGUGACAGCCAGCCAUCCAAUGAUAGUUGAGGAUGAUGCGACAUGCCAUCGCACUUCUCCGUCUGAUAGAAGCGUGAGGACGGUCCGGAGCGCAACGUUGGGCUGAGGUGUAGAAAUGGAUAGAAAAAAUGAAAAGAGUGAAGCUAAAGGCAAAGGAGGGAAUAAACCUCCUCAGUCCGACAAACCAGAGGGCUUAGAAGUAGAAAGAAUAGUGAAUUUCCAGUUCCUGCCCAAGAUGGUAAAGAGACGAGUCUAUGCCCUGAAGAGGCUCCAGCUCCAGAGCGCCAACAUCGAAGCCAAGUUCUAUGAAGAAGUGCAUGAGCUGGAGAGGAAGUACGCUGGCCUCUACCAGCCCAUCUUUGACAAGAGACGGGACAUUGUGGCCGGCACCAUUGAACCCACAGAUGAGGAAUGCGAAUGGCAAAGUGACAGGGAGGAAGAGGAUCUAGCUGAAGAUUUGCAGAAAAAAGCUGCUCUGGAGGAGAAGCAGGCAGAUUCAGCCGGGGCCGAUGAUCCGAAAGGAGUCCCGGAGUUCUGGCUCACCAUCUUCAAACGUGUGGAUAUGCUGGGAGAAAUGCUGCAGGAUCAUGAUGAGCCGAUCCUGAAGCACCUGCAGGACAUCACUGUGAGGUUUUCGGAGCCUGGACAGCCGAUGAGUUUCACAUUAGAGUUCCACUUCGAGCCCAACAGCUACUUCAGUAACUCGGUCCUCACUAAAGUCUACAAGAUGAAGUCCGAGCCGGACGCAGAGGAUCCGUUCUCAUUCGAGGGGCCGGAGAUCAUCGACUGUGAAGGUUGUAAGAUUGACUGGCAAAAAGGCAAAGACGUGACCGUCAAAAUCAUCAAGAAGAAGCAGAAACACAAAGGCAGAGGGACGGUUCGGACGGUCACUAAAGAGCUUCCACAGGAUUCAUUCUUCAACUUCUUCAGUCCGGUUAAAGCGUCGGCUGAUGGGAUGGAUGAAGAUCUGGAGUGCACUCUAGCUACAGAUUUUGAGAUCGGACACUUCUUCCGAGAGCGGGUCAUUCCCAGAGCUGUGCUUUAUUUCACAGGAGAGGCCUUAGACGACGACGACGAGAGUUAUGAAGAGGAGGAUCUUGAAGAGGAAGAGGAGGACCUGGAUGAGGAAGGUGAAGAAGAGGAUGAGGGAGAUUAUGAUCCCACGGCAUAAUUCAUUUCUCACUUCAUGCAUUUCUAGAAAGACCCUCCUCCUGCAGAGUGCAAACAGCAGUAAGACUGGUGAACAGAUAGCCACGGCACAACUCGGCUGUCUGUCAGACAAUAUGACGAUUUGGACAUAGACCUAAUUUCCUCAUGGACUCGCCACACUAAUGCAAUAGGAAACCAAACACUGUUUAGGAAAUGCAUGUUUGUUUGUUUAUUUCUCUACUGUUUACUUUUACAGGGAUGACCUCAGUAUUCUCAUUCAUAAGUCGUGUGAUUUCGCACUCCAUAACUGAUCCUGCAACAUGUAUAAAGGCUUAAUGUGUAAGAGGGUCUAGCAAAGAUGCCAUAUGCGUUUUGAAUUCUUAAAGUCCAUAUGCAGCCAUGGCCAUUUUUGCAACAUAGCAGGAUUUUGGAGACUCGUCAUGAUAUGAACUCCAGGCGUCGUCCAGUGUAGCAUCACUCAGGGUUUGCUUUGCCAACAAAAUGAACCUGCUGUCUUCAUGAAUCUGAAAUAACUUACAUUUCCGAUUUAGCUGUUACGAUGUAGUUACGAAAGUGUUUUAAUUUGAGUCAGUGGUAGCCGAACGAUGUGGGUUGUGGUCUAAGAAUACUUCUGAUUUGUCUCCAGGGUUGGGCGUCAUCGAAUUUCCCAUCCUUGAGUGACGUAACUCAUAUAUCCAUGCUAUGCACGUUGACAUGGAAUUUCAACAGUAUUUUAUUUGACCAUGUGGUUAUGUCUCAAGUUGCUUGUAGUCAUGCACAGAGUUGCGUCUGUAAGAGUAUCGGGAAUGUUACCAAGCAGAUCUUAAAAGAAAUUGCAGGUUUACUCUCCAUUUGAACUGUGUGCGAGCCAUAGCCUUAUCUGGAACUUCUUUGGUUUGUAAUGAAACAUUGUUUCCAUUUUGUACAAACUAGACAAAAAGAUUCUAUUAAAUGUUUUGUGACAUGA